AUGAAGCCCUCAAAGUCUAGGCGUAACGUGAAAGGGUUCACUGAACCUAGUUUUAUGCUACCUACUUUUAAUGACCAUUGUUGUCAACUCUCAUGGAACACUGAAGUUCCAAAUUUUUCAAUGAACAUGAAGAAAACGCUUGGAGGCCAACCUCAAAUAGAUACCCUGAAAGAGAUCAACAAAAAAGAUAGUAAAAAAAGGAAGUAUGAUGUACUGAAGUCGUUUGAAACGAAUGACACACGAGGAGCUGGAGAGAGUUUUCGCCUGCGACUUGUAGAUUUGAUACUUCUUGGUGAGGAAGCUAACAGUGAAUCUAGUCAAAUGCAAGGAGUUGCAGCGUCUGAUAUUAAAUCAGUCAAAGGAGUUGCAGACAGAGAGAAGAACAUAUUACGCUAUUACUACUACAUCUAUAAUGGUAUAAAUACUGAUCACGUAGCCCCAAUUGAUGAAAAAUUGAUGAAAAAAAUAGUUUCUGCAAUUCGGCCGGACAUAGAAGAGAUUGCAAAUACCGCCUUACUCGAAAAGUUAGAGGAUGAAAUACGCGAAGAUUAUUUGUUCAGCGUAAAGAAGGCGAUUGUGAAUUUUAUUAUCAAUGACCCAGCAGAUAAACAAGAAGCGUUAGGUGGAUUUCAUACAACUUGUGAUGAAAAUGACAAAGAAUGUAAGGUGUCAGAAAGCCGUAAAGAAAUAGAUAUUGUACCAAAACCAUGGCAUUCGUCAUUUUUAUCUGCGUACAGAUUUUGUCAGCGAAAUUUAUUUGUAACUAGUACUUGUAUGCUUCAACUGUUGGAUUUAUGGCAUACCGCAUUUACGGAUUUACGACUAAUUGAUGUCAAAGAAUUGUAUUCCAAAUCAACAGCUAUGGAGUUGUCUGGAUUUCAGCAGAUCUGUGUGAAACAUAUUGAAGCAGCCAAGGAGAGACUGUUGAAAAAAUGGUUAAGUGAAAUACAGAAUAUAUUUUAUCAAGGAAUAAACGUAAACUUGUUCCAACUAAUGAUGAACCAGCUAGACUGGAAGCCUAUUAUCGAUGUGCAGCCACACUGA